GGGGACAGUUUGUCAAUACAUGCUGACAAUGAGUCAGACUCUGAAAGAUUUGACCCUACUGAGGGUGAAUCAUCGUUCAUGUUGGAGGGGGGCAUGGCAUCGUACUGUAUUGACCCUACUGAGGGUGAAUCAUCGUUCAUGUUGGAGGGGGGCAUGAUAUCGUACUGUAGAAAGUACUUCUAUAAACAUCUGACAGAUGAGAGCAUCAAGAGAAAUAUUCUAGAUGAUGCUCCUGUGCCUUCAAAUGCUUUCUGCAACCCUCCAAAGGUUGACGAGUUUGUAGAAGAUUUCAUAGACUACAACUCUAUGAAAUUUCUUAAGUUGCAUGAUAAAAGUUUAGCUUUUAUACAAAAGAAAAUAACACAAGUUAUGGGACCAUUGGUCAAAGUUUGGUCAGCCAUUGAUGGGGCUAGGAAAGGACAGGAAGAAAAUGACAAUUUUUCAGUCAUGGAUAUGCUCAAAUUAGUGGAGCAAGUGGUCGGGCAGGCAAAUGCUACUUGUUUGUACGAACGACGCCUGAACUUCCUGGCCAAAAUCAUGAAAGGUGUUGAAAAGGCCAAAGAGCAAUUAAAAACUUACGAGCAUGAUUUAGCUCAGGAGACCGAUACCCUGUAUGGUGACACCAUAUAUAAAGCCCUGGAUCGUAGAUGCAAGAGCAAGAAGCGUGCAAGGGAAAUAUCCCGUGAGAUCCAAUCAAAGCGUAGACGUUUUGACCAGCCCUUUCGGGGGACGCCCUCACGUGGAUACUGGCAAGGUCAUAGCCAAGGACGUGGGGGCAGAGUCUCGACAUAUCAGUCUUUCAAGCAAAGUGGGGGGAGGUUUUGGAUUUAG